AACACGCUUUCGCGUUGUGCCUCCAUGGUGGAAGCGAACGGGCAGAGUCUGGGUGAAGACGAGGUGUGGAGGACAUGGAAGCACAGGUGGGGGACAUGGGGUGUGCGGAGAGGGUCCAGGACACCCUGGAGUCCGAAACCAGUGCUACGAAGAACAGGCCUCAGCACACAGAGCACGGCCCCCAUGAGUGUGGAUCAGCACAGGUGUUGGACAAGAGCUCACCUGAGCAGAUGAAGCUGGAGUGCCAGGAGCUGUCUGUCACCGCGCAGUUUGCCUAUAAUUCCCCCCCGGCUCAGAACCUGCCCAGAGCUGAAGACCAGAACCAGUCAGAAGAGUUUAUCAUAUUCGAUCAGAACGGCAAACCUCUUCAUUGUGAACGGAUGGUGAUCGUGACAGGACAGUCGGACAGCGGGCAACUUUACGUGAUCCCGUCUAACCAUUUUGGAGGGGCCCAAGUGUUGCUUCCGCAGGGUCAGAUAAUGGACAUUGCUGAGUCGGCAGGUCCCUGUGGGGAGAAGUCCAGCGUUGAGCAGCCUCAGACCAUUACUGUGACGGCCAUCGCGGACAGCACUAGCGGUUCCACCUUACUGACACCAUCACCUGUCACUGCCACCAAGACCCCGCCCCAAAGUUCUCCUGACCACUACGCAGAACCCCUGAAGACCCUGCCCCCAAACGCACCCAGCUGGACUCACCUGCUGCAUAACUGUGAGAAGAUUGGGGACUCCUACCGGGGUUACUGCACCACCGAAGGGGAGCUGGAGGCCCUGCUCAUGCUGCAUAAGCAGCACACCCACAGCGUGUUCGGGACGCGCCAGUCGCCCUCCCCCGCCAAGCCCGCCACGCGCCUCAUGUGGAAGUCGCAGUACGUGCCCUACGACGGGAUCCCCUUCAUCAACGCAGGCAGCAGGGCCAUCGUGAUGGAGUGUCAGUUCGGUCCACGACGGAAAGGUGUACAGCCCAAAAAGAUGGCAGAGCAAGAGAUCUGUCCCAGCACACAGUACAAGGCCACCUGCCCUGCCAGGAUCUACAUUAAGAAGGUGCGGAAGUUUCCAGAGUACAGGGUUCCCACAGACCCCAAGGUGGACAAGAAGGUGGUGCGUCAGGAGCAGGAGAAAGCCUUCUUCAACCUGAAGAAGGGCUUGUGGGAAGCAAGUGGAGUAUUAAGGUAUUACAUACAGCUUCCCACCACGAAGGCCCAUCUGUACCACCACGUGGACGCUCCUGUCCUGCCCCCACUCCCUGUCCAGCUGCUGCUGCCUAAAGAGGAGGAGCAGGAGGAGGAAGAGGAGGAGGAGGACAGGGAAGGGGCGUGUGAGGGAGGUGAAGGAGGGGCACUGGAGAACGGCAGCUGCACACCGUCCCGUCUGCACCCCCGAGUGGCGGAGAAAAUCCACGAGCUGGUGGCACAGGGGCACCACCAGGUGUACACCGUCCGCAAGCAGCUGAGGAAGUUUGUGGAGCGCGAGAUGUUCAAGUCAGACAAGGUGCCAGAGAGGCACAACCUGUGCUAUUUCCCGACUGUCAACGACAUCAAAAACCACAUUCACGAGGCCCAGAAGGCCUUGCAGCAAGGCAGGGCGGAGUACAGCACCAAUGCCACAGACUCACAGUGGACAGCCGGAGCUGACAGCCCAUUGGCUGAGACAGUCACCUUGACCCUUGCCCCCACCACCGUGGAAGUGAACCCCCAGAGGACAGAGGUCCUGGAGGGGAGUGAAACCCUGUCCCCUGAGGCCAUGCAGCUCUUCAGCUCUCUCACCUCCCUGCAGCCCAAGAUCUUCGCCCAGCUGCAUGGCGUCCAGCUCCAGCCAGCCCUGUGUUCAACCGACAAACCCCUCCCCCAGCAACCUGUGGCCCUGCCCUCUUCCUCGUUAUGCCGCGCGUCAGACCCCUCUAGCACCGCCCAGUCCCAGCCCCUGCUCCUGGGCUCCACUCAGUUCCUCCCCCCGCCCGCCUGCCUGGGGGAAGGCAUGGCCCUCUCCGACGCACCCGCUCUGCUGGGCGUGGGGCAGCUUGUCAGCGUGUCAGCCCUCGGGGAGGGGGCCGCAGAAGGGAGAGUCCACCAGAUCCUGCUGGAAGAUGGAAACACCAUCCCUGUACAGAUUGUGGAUCCCGUCAGCACAGUAAGGAGUCCUGAGGACCAGACGCAGGAGAUAGAGACGGAGGACGGCAGGAUCAACCCCACGCAGUCUCAGACGGACUGAGAGGGGGGGACCCGGAGGACUGCACCCCGAUUUCUCACCCAGUGGGAGGGGGUUACUUCCAGGGCCUCUGCGGAGCACAGGCCCUGGGGAUAUCUGUGUGCGCCGAGUGAAGCAACUGGGGAAAGACAGUUGCUGGACGAAGCGUGUUUUGACCCGAGAACUGCAACCUGCAACCUAUGCAACACGCAUCUUUUCUUGUCUCCUGUUUAUGUUCAUGGGAUUUUUUGCUGAGACCUGCCUGCUGCA